AACCCCCCCGCCAGGACGGCGAGGUGUACUGCAUCGACGCCCGUUACUACGGCAACGUCAGCCGCUUCAUCAACCACCUGUGCGACCCCAACAUCAUCCCGGUGCGGGUGUUCAUGCUCCACCAGGACCUGCGCUUCCCCCGCAUCGCCUUCUUCAGCAGCCGCCACAUCCGGCCCGGGGAGGAGCUGGGGUUCGAUUACGGGGAUCGUUUCUGGGACAUCAAGAGCAAAUACUUCCCGUGCCAGUGCGGCUCCGAGAAAUGCAAACACUCGGCCGAGGCGGGCGGGGGGCGCGGGGACCCCCAGGAGCUGCUGCCGCCGCUGCUGGCCCUGCCCCCGCCCUGAGGCAGCCGGAACCGGCCCAGAGACAGCCGGAACCGGCCCAAAAAAACAGCCGGAACCGGCCCAAAAACACCUGGAAUCCACCCAAAAACACAGCCGGAACCGGCCCAGAAACAGCCGGAACCGGCCCAAAAACAUCACCUGGAUAACCCCAAAAACAGCCGGAAUCCACCCAAAAACACACCUGGAAUCACCCUGAAAAAAACAGACGGAACUGGCCCAGAAACAGCCGGAACCGGCCCAAAAAACCAGCCGGAAUCACCCUGAAAAAACAGCUGGAAUCCACCCAAAAAAAUCACCUGGAUAACCCCAGAAACAGCCGGAAUCCACCCAAAAAAAUCACCUGGAUAACCCCAGAAACAGCCGGAACCGGCCCAGAAACAGCCGGAACCGGCCCA